AUGGCUAGUGUUACCCUUGCUCAAUCCCCCGUCAGGGAGUCCUCCCCAGAUCCUGAGGGCCCCGUUCUGGAAUCCGAGACUGCAACAAAGAAUGAGAAGACCCCAUCUCAAAGCGUAGUUCAACUUACGGACCAGACGAAUCUAUUGCCCUUCAAGCAAGUUGUUUCCGUUUUCAUGGCACUGGCGCUCUGUGUAGUAGUAUCGGCGUUGGAUUCUGUGAUUGUCGCAACAGCCCUUUCCACAGUAGCUGCAGCUUUCAAUGCUGGAUCCAUCAUCUCCUGGGUUCCUUCUGCCUAUCUAAUGACAUCCACCGCAUUCCAACCUCUUUACGGACGCUUCAGUGAUAUCUUUGGCCGCAAGAGCGCUAUGUGUAUCGCGAUGUCUUUGUACAUGAUCGGUAAUCUGAUUGCUGGUUUCUCUAAAAGUAUCAUCCAGAUCAUCGUGUUUCGAGCUGUGGCUGGCGCCGGAGGAGGCGGUAUAAUAGGGAUGAUGCAAAUCAUCAUCUCUGAUAUCAUUACACUGCGCGAAAGAGGGAAGUAUCAGGGCAUCAUCGGAGGCGUUGUUGCACUUGGAUAUACAGUUGGACCUGUAAUAGGAGGUGUCCUGGCUCAGAAGGUCAGCUGGCGGUGGUGUUUCUGGAUCACCUUACCGCUCUCCCUGCUCGCGACCGUUGUCGUUGUAAUGGUUCUUCCCUUGAAGCCUGUUCACGGAGACAUGCGCAAGAAACUACUGGCCGUGGAUUAUCUCGGGGCCUUGUUGACUCUCAUAGGAUGCACCCUCAUCAUGCUUCCUCUUAUCUGGGGUGGCGUUACCUUCCCGUGGGUAUCACCUGUUGUCCUUGCGCCAUUAUUUUGCGGUUUUCUAGUUGUCUUCAUAUUUUGCCUUUGGGAGUGGAAAGGUGCACGUCUGCCUAUUGUACCUAUGUACAUCUUCAAACACUCAACCGUAUGCGGAGUUUUCAUCGCUAUGUUUGUCAACGGUUUUGUGUUCUUCUCCGCUCUUUAUUACAUACCGCAAUUUUUCCAAGUUGUUUUGGCAUAUUCGCCAAUACACGCAGGCUUAUUCCUGAUUCCUCUGCUAAUUGGUCAAAUGAGCUCUAGCUGGAUUGCUGGAAUGACUAUUAGUCGGACUGGCCGAUAUCGGGCUAUUGUGUACUCAGGCUUUGGCAUAUUAACCAUUGCCUGUGGAUGUAUCUCGAUCUUCACUGGCCAUACUGCAAAGGCCACGAUGGUCGUGCUCAUGCUUCUUGCUGGAAUAGGGAGCGGUAUGACCAUGCAAACCACCACAGUAGCUGUUCAAGCAAGUGUGGCAAGGAAGGAUAUGUCUGUUGUGACGGCGUUCCGAAACUUCAUCCGUAUGCUCGGUGGCGCAUUCUCGCUUUCCAUAGCGUCUUCGCUAGUUAAUAACACUAUGAGAUCCACGAUGGUAUCUCUUGGAUUGUCUGCUUCGAAGAUUUCAGUCAUCGUUGACAAUCCAAGCUUACUCGCACACCCUGCGGAUAUCGAACUUUCUUCGACUGUGGCUUCAUUAAUUCUUACACAAGGAUACACAAAAGGUUUCCGCAACCUUUUUUUCCUCAAUGCCUCUCUCGGAGCUCUGGCGACCGUGGUCAGCUUCACGAUGGUCAAACACAAGGAACUUCUGCGAGGCGAUGAAGAGAAACUCAAGGAAGAAGGAUUAGCUGCGUUGAAAGCCCGAAAGGCAAAACAUCACCCAGAUUCCAAAACACUUGAAAAAGACCUCGAGAUAGGAGAUCCAAAAUCGGGAGCACCAUCUGAAAUCGGAGUUCAGGAUAGCUAG